AUGUCAUUUUGUCCACAUCAUCUCCUGCGUUCCCGCUUCAGCGCCGGGCUACCGUCCCGUGCUCCGAAACAUAGGUUGCGUCUAGGACACUGCUAUAGACAAAGUGCGAAAUUUCCAACCACACGACAUGUCGCGAAUUAUGCGUCGACAUCGAAUACUACACACUAUGCAUAUGACACUGUUGGCAAUGAUCUGAACCCUCGGCCUGACUCUAAUCCAGCUUCAAUUCGCGAACCAAGAGACACCCGGACUCAGGCUCAAGCUUAUGACCUUCACGAUGAAGUUUCUCAUUCAGCUCACGAAUACAAGAAUGAAAUCACAGGGGGCUUAUCAAUACCGUAUCUGGAUGGCAUUCCUGGUCCGCCCACAUCGUCAUCUGGAGAAAGGCAUCUCAACAAUCAAGAGCGCAAAUUCGUCUACGCUACCCGUGCGUUGGUCGACGGGAAGGUGAAAUAUACCUACAAGGCUAGACAGGUGAGCCAGGAGACCUACGAUUUUCAUCAAAAUAUAAAGAUGAGAUCUUUAAGCUACGAUCGCGAAGAGAUUCACACAUGGAGAACCACUUGUAAUAAACUUUGGGGAGCUGCGCUUUUCGACAUGGACAUACAAGAUUUUCCCGUGUCGUUGAUGCUCAAUGAUGCCGAUUUAAGUCUUCUUGAGAAGAUUAAAACAGACUGCUUGGGUAACUUUCGUGAGGCUUGGGAGGCAUUGGACAAAUCUGCAAAGGCUCCACACUGGAAGCGACUAUCAUUAUGGCUGUUACAAAAUUCCCCGCAUCUGGCCUUGGAAUUUUUCCUUGUUACCUGCCAAAGUGCAGAUAAGCCCUUGUUCGCCAUGGUUUCAGAUUGCUUCCUCUUUCUAGAUAAAUGCCAUGCCGGUGAAUUUCAACACUGGGAAAAGGGGGGCCACACAUAUGUGUCCCUUUUGCUUACUUGUCUAGACCCGAGCAAUUGGCCUGUUGCGCACCUUGGGCAAAAGGGCAUUCGGCUCUACUUAAAGAACGCUGGUCCCGAAGAGCUUUACCAUGCCUGGACCAUCGUGGAUGGAAGGAGGAAUCAUAUAACAUCCCAGACGUGGCUUUGCUUUAUGCGUCAGUUUACGGAAAUUGGAGAUAUCCAUAAGUCACUAGAGGCACUUGAACUUGUGCGGAGACGGGAGCAGGAUAAUUUUUUGAUGGAUUCUCAAGGAGUUAUGCGCCACUGUUGCAAACUCCUAUUACUCGACUCUGUCCAGGAUACUCCCAAUGGGCGCAAUUUCUAUAUUCUACCCAAACUCCUCAAAAUGGGGGUACGACCAGAUCGGGAUAUGAUGAAUAUAGUUUUAUCUAACGCUUUCAAGACCGGUGAUCCGCAGGUGGGAUUCGACAUGUUCCGUUUCAUGAGAAGGCAGUCGCUCGAGCCGGAUUCGUUUACCUAUUUAACCUUGCUUAACGAUGCAGUGACUCGCGGUGAUCGAGAACGUGUUCAAUCACUGAUUCAAGAUAUUAGAGCACGUGGGCUUGAGAAGAACGAUUGGAUUGCGAGCAAGAUAUUUCACGCUCAUUUUACUUUCAAUGCCAAGCAUCAUGAUCCAAAUGACGAUCCCAAUGGAGUGUUUUACUCACUGCUGGAUAUGUACAAUCAGUUAUAUGACAUCACGCCAUUAAAGGAGCUCUCUAUCAUUCCGCCAGAAUACACUCCUCCCCCGGGAGGCGAUAAUCUCCAACCAUCUCUCAUUGCUCUGUAUUUGAUGAUCGCGACUUAUCUACGGUGCCAGAAACGCAUAUCUCAUGCUCAUCGCAUUUACACCAAGUUCAAAGCCCUUGUCUCAGAGAACCACCCGAUCAUAGCUCCACUGGCUUGCACUGACCAUACUUACAACGAGUUUCUGGUAGCUUUUCGGGAUGACCCUCGAGGGCUGCGACCAGCCGUGCGAUUAGUGGAGGAUAUGCUGCACUCUUCUAACGAAGACCGGGAGCCAGAAGAUGGGGCUCCUGUUCAUGGCAAGCCAUCGGUUCGGACCUGGACGAUCCUGAUGAGCGCCUUCACGUUCAAUAAACAGCCACUCGCCGCGGAGAAGGUUCGAGAGAUGAUGGCGAAACAUGGAGUGGAAUACAACAAGGUUACCUGGAACAUGGUCAUCAACACCUAUGCAAACGCGCAAAAUAUUUCUGAGGUUGCAAAGUCCAUUAAGGCCAUGGAAGCUCAAGGCUAUUCUAUGGAUUCAUAUACCAUGAAAUGUCUCCGCUACCUCCAAGAUCCAGAGCGCCUAUGGAUUGCGGUAGAAGAACUGGACAAGGAGGCCGACGCUCGCCACGAUAUGGUGACCUCUUUGGAUCAGACGCCUUUGGAGCACGAAUUGGACGAAGAGGAGCAUCUGUUAGAGCAAGGCUUGCGACGUCUGCGCGAAAGAAAGCAGUCUACCCGUUGA